AUGACUGGCCUGGUAGAUGAGAGGAGAGCAGCAGGUAUUGUCUGCCUGGACUUCAGGAAGGACUUUGACACUGUCUCCCAGAAUAUCUUCAUAGACAAACUGUUGAUGUAUGGGGUAGAUGAGCAGACGGAGCUGGCACUGAAGUCUCUGGGAAGUGAGGGGCUCUUUCUCUUUUCUUCCCUGGACACAAACAACGAUCUGUACCUCAGUCCAGAAGAGUUCAAGCCGAUAGCUGAGAAGCUGACGGGGGUUGCUCCCAUCUCAGAAUUUGAAGAGGAGGAGACGCCUGAUCCGAGCGGGGAGACGUUGUCCAUUGUGGCUAAAUUUCAGCCUUUGGUCAUGGAAACAAUGACGAAGAGCAAAGACGGUUUCUUGGGAAUUUCUCACGUCGCUCUGUCUGGGCUGAGGAAUUGGACUGCCCCAGCAGCCCCUAUGAGCGUGAUGCUCGCCAGGCAGUUUAAAGCCUUUCUUCCUCCGAAGAAUAAACUGGAUCUUGGGGAUCCGUGGUGGAUAAUUCCUAGUGAAUUGAACAUCUUCACUGGGUAUCUUUCCAACAACAGAUUUUACCCUCCGCCUCCCAAGGGCAAAGAGAUCAUAAUCCACAGGCUUUUGAGCAUGUUCCACCCACGCCCCUUCGUCAAAACCCGCUUCGCUCCCCAAGGAGCUGUGGCAUGCAUCCAAGCCAUCAGCACCUUCUACUACACCAUAGCGUUCAGGAUCCACGCUGAGUUUCAGCUGAAUGAGCCACCAGACUUCCCCUUCUGGUUUUCCCCAGGCCAGUUCACCGGUUACAUCGUCCUCUCCAAGGAUUCUUCCCACGUCCGAGAGUUUAAGCUCUUUGUCCCUAACAACAGGUCUCUGAACGUCGAUAUGGAGUGGCUGUAUGGGGCGAGUGAAAGCAGCAACAUGGAAGUGGAUAUCGGUUACCUGCCUCAGAUGGAGCUGGAAUCAACAGGGCCUUCAAUCCCCUCUGUGAUCCAUGACGAGAAUGGGAAUGUGAUUGACAGCAGGGAUCCCUCAGGGGAGCCCAUUCAGUUUGUGUUCGAAGAGAUAACCUGGCAGCAAGAAAUCCCCUGGGAAGAGGCAGCCCAGAAGCUGGAAGUGGCCAUGUAUCCCUUUAAGAAGGUUUCCUAUCUUCCCUUCACACAAGCUUUUGAGAGAGCAAAAGCAGAAAAGAAGCUGGUGCACUCGAUCCUGCUGUGGGGUGCCCUGGACGACCAGUCCUGCUGAGGUUCAGGGCGAACUCUCCGGGAGACCGUCCUGGAAAGUUCGCCCAUCCUCGCACUGCUGAACGAGAGUUUCAUUAGCAGUUGGUCACUGGUGAAGGAGCUGGAAGAGCUGCAGAGCAACAGAGAGAAUGAGUUCUACAGCAAGCUGGCUGACCUGCACCUGGAGAAAUACAACUUCCCCGUGGAGAUGAUCAUCUGCCUCCCCAACGGCACAGUGAUUCACCAUAUCAAUGCUAACUACUUCCUGGACAUUACUUCUAUGAAGCCUGAAGAUGUUGAAAGUAGCAUCUUUAGUUUCUCAACCAAUUUUGAAGACCCUUCAACUGCAACUUACCUCCAGUUCCUGAAGGAAGGACUGCAAAGAGCAAAACCAUACCUGCAGACCUAA